CGAGCGGCUAGUGAGUCGGACAUGCGACAAGACAUCACGACCUCUGCUGUAUACAAUGGUGUAGCGCACAUCGAGAGUCAUGGGCACGACGGUGGUAUGUGCGUUGCUAUUCGGAGCCAUCUUCGGCGUACUCUCGGCUUCUCUCAGCAAAACGUUGCGCUACCAGGCGCCCGACGAGUGCAAAUGGGUCGUAGUGGACAGCGGCUCCGAGGACGACGUAGCCCUGGUGUGUCGUCUGCGCACCAUCAACAGCGAGCUAGAGAACACCAACUUCAGCGUAAUACAACCCCAGCACACCGUGCGGUUGAGACUCGAGUGCAGUGACGCGCUUUUCUUCCAAAGUUCGUUGAGUGCGGGCAGUUUCAAGCCACUUGUUGAGUUGCGCGAACUCUCUAUAGAGUAUUGUAAAAUCGGUAAUUUGUCGGACGGCGCGUUCCGCGGACUCAAAGAACUCCGAAAUCUCACAGUUCGGACGCAUAACACCGACUGGUCGGCGAUGACCCUAGAUGUGGCUCCGAAUGCCUUCACGGAGGAGCUUAGACAAUUAGAACGUCUAGAUUUGGGUGAAAAUAACAUGUGGAGUUUGCCCGAAGGAGUUCUGUGCCCGCUCUACGCCCUGGAGGUGCUCAAUCUGACUAGAAAUCGUCUUCGCGAAGUGACAAGUUUUCGAUUCACAUCGAAUCCAUCGGAAAGAUGCGGUGCUAAUCUAAGAUUGUUAGACUUAUCGCGAAAUAAUAUCGACAGGUUACCGCCGAGUCAAUUUUCCGGACUGUCGCGUCUUCAGAAGCUCUACCUGCAAGGUAAUGGUCUGAGCUACUUGGCUGAUCGCGCUUUGGAAGGACUGACUUCUCUCAACAUUCUGAAGCUGUCCGAUAACCGUUUAGUUAGUUUACCGCCGGAAUUAUUCUCAGACACUCGCGAGGUACACGAAAUGUACUUACAGAACAAUUCAAUAAACGUAUUGGCACCCGGACUGUUCAGUGAACUGACGCAGCUUCUUGUCCUAGACUUAUCCCAUAAUGAACUAACCGCAGAUUGGAUCAACACCGCAACUUUCGCAGGACUUGUGCGUCUCGUCGUGCUCGACAUUUCCUUCAACAGGAUAUCAAAAUUAGAACAGUCCGUCUUCAGAGACUUGUACAGCCUGCAAAUACUCCGAAUCAACGACAACUUCAUAGAAAACAUACCCGAAAGCACUUUCUCUGCAUUAUACAACCUACACACCCUAAUCAUCUCCAAUAAUAAACUGAUGAGGAUAGACAGCGAAACGUUCAGCGGCCUUUACGUCCUUUCUCUCCUAUCAAUCGACAACAACAAAAUUUCCUGGAUACACUCGGAAGCUCUGAAAAACUGUUCGAGUCUGCAAGACUUGCACUUGAACGGCAAUAAACUCAUGCAAGUACCGAAAGUAUUGAGUAACGUUCCGCUCCUGAAAACACUCGAUCUCGGCGAAAACCACAUCGACACAAUAACGAACGAAACUUUCGCUGACUUGAAGCAGAUGUACGGCCUGCGACUGACCGAAAACAAUUUGGGCAACAUAACAAAAGGAGUUUUCGAUAGAAUGACUGCGCUGAAAAUACUCAACCUGUCACGAAAUAAAAUACAAAAGGUAGCGCCUGGCUCCUUUGAAAAUAACGUCAACCUGCAAGCCAUUCGACUCGACGGGAACUACCUGACCGACAUCGAGGAUUUAUUCGCUAAAUUACCCAGUCUAGUGUGGUUGAAUAUAUCCGACAAUCAACUGAAGUGGUUCGAUUACGCCUUAAUACCUACUGGCUUACAAUGGCUAGACAUUCAUUCGAACCAAAUCGAGGAACUCGGUAAUUACUUUGAAAUCGAAUCUACGUUAUCGCUGAGCACGUUCGAUGCGAGUGCGAACAAACUGACUGAAAUUACCGGCAGCGCAAUUCCCAACAGCGUCGAGGUGUUGUUUUUGAACGACAAUAUAAUCUCGAAGGUUCAGUCUUACACAUUCUUCAAAAAACCCAAUCUAACCCGGGUCGACUUGUUCGGAAACAAAAUCACUAGCCUCGAUCCGAACGCAUUGCGGAUAUCAGCGGUGCCACCGGAGAAAGAACUUCCGGAAUUCUAUAUCGGAGGCAACCCUUAUCAAUGCGACUGCACUAUGGAGUGGUUGCAGAAAAUGAAUCUGGGAAACAGAGCUCGCACCCAACCGAAACUCGUAGACUUGGAGAGCAUCUAUUGCCAGCUACUGUACAACCGAGGUACGACAUACGUACCCCUCGUAGAAGCAGCCCCUUAUCAGUUCCUGUGUACCUAUGAUACUCAUUGUUUCGCAUUAUGUCACUGCUGCGACUUUGACGCUUGUGAUUGCGAGAUGACUUGUCCGACCAACUGCACCUGUUACCACGACCAGUCGUGGUCUGCCAACGUGGUGGAUUGUUCCUCCGGAGGAUACGUCAAAAAGCUUCCGGAAUUGAUACCCAUGGAUGCGACGCAGCUGUAUCUCGACGGUAACGAUCUGCGAUCAUUGAACAGCCAUGCAUUCAUCGGCAGAAAACGACUAAAAAUUCUGUUUCUGAACAAUUCCAACAUCGACUUGAUCCAGAAUAGAACGUUCAACGGUUUGAAGGAGCUGGAAGUGUUACAUUUGGACGGGAAUCGCAUCGCCGAGUUGCACGGUUUCGAAUUCGAAGGGCUAGACAGCCUCACCGAAAUCCACCUGCAACAAAACAGAAUAACCGUCAUACAUAACAAUACGUUCGUCGGAUUGAGAAAGCUGCGCGUCCUGAGACUGGACCAUAACAGGCUGAUAAUUUACAACAUGUGGAACCUUCCGACGACUCUCAUCGAAAUGACUUUGUCGCACAAUCCUUGGUCAUGCGACUGCGAGUUCACCGAACGACUUCGAGAAUGGAUGCGACGUGGAGAUGCUGUGCAGGAUGCCUCGUCGGUGAGAUGCGUUUUUAACGCAACCGAUAUCGACUUCUACAGCGUGGACGCAUACCUAGACACCGCCGAUACCGGUUUCUUCAUCACUCAAGAGAACGGAACCUGCACGGGUGUCGCCAACAUCGACAACAGCAUCAACGGUAACCUGACAGCAACGAAAACUAUUAUACAACGCCAAAUCAUACAGGACUACCUUCCGCUUUUGAUCAUAACAUUAGCGGUGUUCGCGAUCAUCGUCGUGUUAACAUUAGUCCUUUUCAUUUAUAGACAAGAAGUGCGCGUCUGGUUCCACUCGAAAUUUGGGGUGCGUCUCUUCCAGCGGUCGACCGACUCGGACAGAGACGACAGAGAAAAAUUGUUCGAUGCGUUCGUGAGUUACAGUUCUAAAGACGAGGCGUGGGUGGCUGAAGUGCUUGCCCCCGCAUUGGAACCCAAUUAUAAACUGUGUUUACACUACCGAGACUUUCCCGUGGGCGCGUUCCUCGCCGACACCAUAGUGCAGGCGGUAGAAUCCUCCCAAAGGACUAUAAUGAUAUUAUCGGAGAACUUUAUAAAAUCGGAGUGGUGCCGAUUCGAAUUCAAAUCGGCCCAUCAUCAGGUCUUGCGCGACCGCAGGAAAAGACUCAUCGUUGUCCUGCUCGGUGAAGUGCUGCACAAAGACUUGGAUCCGGAUAUCCGUUUGUAUCUGAAAACCAACGUGUAUUUACAGUGGGGCGAUAAACUCUUUUGGGAAAAACUCCGGUACGCUCUGCCUGACGUGCCCAACAACCAGCGCCACGCAGGCUCUGUAAGGACUCCUCAUGUGCACCAUCACGUACACCGGCACAGUGCCAGGGGCCAAGCCCCCAACCCUCCAGGAGGCAACAACGCUGCGAGGACGGUGGCUAUCCACAUAUGACAAUGACUGUUAGUGAAACUAACAAUGUCAGAAUUUUUGUGAUACUACGUAAAAUAUAGACUGUGAGUGCAAUGUGAGGAUGAGAUUGUGAUAUAGUCAAAUAGUUCGGGAAGUGCGCGUGAUUGUGAAUUUGCCGAGCGUGAAUGUUGUCGAGUGUUAACCCGAACUUCAACUCCUGUUUCACUGGCGAGGAGUCUAAUUAUCUGAAUGUAAAUACGGACAUGUAUAGAUGAGUAUCAAAAUUGUAUUUGUAAAUUUUGUAAAUAUUUUUUUCAUAGUUUUCGUAUUUAUUUUUGUAGGAUUUUUCAAUUCGUAUCUCAUAUCUUGACUCUCGUAAAUUUUACGAAUGAGAACCCAUUCCCUUGUGAAAACUCUAUAUUUUUGUAAAGACUUUUAUAUUUAAUAUACCCGAUGCCUUUUAUCUUGUGAAUAUUAAUAAAUCACAAUUAGAGAUUA